GAACCGUCAUGGCAUGUGCAGUCAAUCCAAAUGGAGACAGGAUAUAUUUGAUAAAUGAGGAAUAUAACCAGCUAGUCACAAUCGCCAGUAAUGGCACAUUGAUCUCGGAAAAGAACAUCCAUGUCCUGAAGAGGAAUCCUGAAUUAGCCCAACCUGUCCCAUCUGGUCUGCAUGUUACAGACAAUGGACAAGUUCUGGUGUGUGGAGGUAUGUCAGACCCAAACGCAAUCGUCCAGGUAAACGAUAAUGGUAAAUAUCUAGCGACACUGGCAACUGUGGUGACAGGAAAAGAUGGUGUCAAAAGCCCAAUCUCUGCCUGCUACAGAAAUCAAUCUGGCGCACUAAUUGUGGGAAUGUGGAACGAUGACAGCAUCAUGGUAUUUUACACAAGAGAGUAUUACGCCUAAUUUCUGUGGAGCUUCUUUAAAAUAGACAUGGGCCAAUGUUCACAAAGCUUGUUAGGGAAAACUUAAGUUGUUCUU